UAGUUGGUAAACCAUUCAGUAUACCAGUUAACGUUAUAAAAACCGUUAAAUACGUACUCAAACGAGUUAAAUUUUUUUGAAUUUACAUACAUACGUACGCAGCUAGUUAAUGAUUACAUUUUUUCUCACCAAGUUGUGAUUUAAUAUUAUGAAUAAUAAUAAGCAAACAAUUAGAAUUGUUGGACUGCCUAGAAGUUUAUCAAUUCGAAAGCUUUGUAUUCUGUUGAAUCGUCAUAAGCAAGCGUGGAAAUUGGAAGAUUUAAUACCACUAGAGACAUGCUUGGUAGCCAUAGUUUGCUGUGAAACUGAAGAAACGUAUGACAGCUUUAUUAAACUAUCGUCAAUUCCGCCGUUUUCCUUAUUUCCUGGCUUACGAGUUUACAAUUUACCUCCUGCAACACACUAUACCCAGCAACUAGAAUUAAACUUAACAUCAACGGCUAGCCUUUUAAACCUUAAUACUGAUUGCCUGCGUAUUGUAUGCGAACAAUGCUCGCUCAAGUGUCAACUCGCCUUAGCCAAGGUGUGCCAUUAUUUUCACAAAGUCAUCGUGGACAUUUGGCGCCAGCGUUAUGCCACCUUGCUCUUCUCACUUUACCACUUCAAAGUCGUCCAUGAACUGAACGACAACGAAUUGUGGGAUUUUUGCCUGCUGGUCGGUCCGCAUGUUCACCGCUUGAUAUUCAACAGCGUACUCUUCUUCCCCGUCAUACAGCGUUUCAUUGCCGAUCAGCCGGGCAACAUGAUGCAGAAUGCCAAGCGCUACAUGAAUAUCAUACUUUGUCGUCAUUUAGUGCACUUCGCGCCGCUGCAAAGCUUUGAGGUGCAAGGCAAGUUCCUCGCCGAAUAUACCGUGCGUGAAUUGGCGCGUUAUUGUCCGCAGCUGCGUGCGCUGCAGCUGCUGGACGCGGGCACACGCUGGCUGUUGGGUAAACACUUUCACUUGCUACGGCGCGUGGAAUUGCUCAACUUGCACGAUUGCGAGAACCUGCGGCGUCGUCUAAUGCGCAAAACUUGCCGUGCCUUACAGCUUAAAUCAUUGAAUUUGGUGGAAUGUAAAGAGCUGCUACAUCCACCUACCAUUUGGCAGCUAUGUAUGCACUUUCAGAUGUUGCAGCAGCUGCAUUUGACAGCUCUGGCGGAUACAUCCUUGCUGGCGGCCAUAUUGGAGUUGCCAAAAUUGAAAGAGUUAAAAUUCUACUGGUUGAAUGAUUUUGUAGAAUUCGUGAAAUCGCUCUUUACUGAGCUCUCUCUCAGGCGCCGGGAGUCAUUGUGUACGUUGCACUGCGCGAAUGAGUCUAUUUUUCUAGAAAAUGCUUCACAGCGCGUUUGGCGUGCGGGUGAAUAUGCGGCCAUGCGUGAGCUGGCGACCAUCAAUGGGCGACCAUGGCAGUGGCAGGAAUGCUUCNUGUCCGCAGCUGCGUGCGCUGCAGCUGCUGGACGCGGGCACACGCUGGCUGUUGGGCGCCGGGAGUCAUUGUGUACGUUGCACUGCGCGAAUGAGUAUAUUUUUCUAGAAAAUGCUUCACAGCGCGUUUGGCGUGCGGGUGAAUAUGCGGCCAUGCGUGAGCUGGCGACCAUCAAUGGGCGACCAUGGCAGUGGCAGGAAUGCUUCGACGAGUGGUUAAAGUUGUUGGGUGAUUGUACAUCGCUGGAGUCACUUACCUACGAGUACUGUCGGGUUUUUAGUUACGAACAGAUUUUGGCACUACCAAAGAUGGGUAGCCAGCUGAAAUUGAUUCGACUUAUUGGCUGCCGUGAUGAGUGUGAUGAGAAAUUGAUCAGGUCAUGGAUGCAGCAGCAAAAUCAUGGAUGUCGGUUGUGCAUUGAAGGAGAAUUACCUUGGGGUACCGUCCAGCGUUUGAGAGAUCGCGUAAUGCCCUUUCGCAGGGAAAAUAAUCACCAGCCUAUUUACCGCAGCAUUGAAUGCCAUUUCAAAUAA